UUAGGUUUAGAACCAACUAAAAGAAUAGUAAUUAGUUUAUGAUCAGUUAGUGGCACAAAAUUCUGAAAAGAUUCCGAAAUAAAUUGCAAACACGGUGAUCAAACAAAGCAUAAAUCAACCCUUGACUGCAAUAAUCCGGGCGCAGUCUUGUUGGUUCUACCCGGAAACUUGGUGGUGUCGGAAUUUCCGGUGACGUCAGAACGGCAGGCCUCCAUUAGAGCUGCAGCUGUUUGGAGAGGAACAACAACAACAAAAACGAGGCCGAGAGACGGCGCGGCCAACGGUGACAGUCCGCUCCAAGCUCGACCGACGCGGCCUCCGUUCUGGAAGUUGAGCCCCCUUUUCCCACCCGGAGCACCGCCGGCUUCUAACCACGGCCGCUCUCGGUGAGGAAACUCUGGCCUCCGCUUCCUCCUCCUCCGACUCGGACACCGGCGGAGCGUCGCCGCCCCCGCGGAAGAAGCACCGAGCCUCGGCGGCGGAGGGAGCAGGAGAGCCCGGGGCUUCAGCGGUUGUGCCAGGCCUUGCCGGAGUUGUCUUGGGACUCGGAGCCACAUCGACCAUCCACUUGAACCGCAGCGCCGUCGGCCACUUGAGCAGCAGCAACAGCAGCAUGCAGGCGAACGGAGCGGGGCAAGAAUCGGCCGAGCUUUCGUGCCUGGCCGCCGCGCAGAACGGCGAGGCGGCUGCGGCUGGCAGUGGUUGUGGUGGCGGCGGCGGCGGUGGUGGGUCGCACUCCAACGGGCUUCUUCUCGCCGGCGCGGACAACGGCAACGGCGUGGGCACAAGCAACGGCUCCUCGUCGUCCACCUCCACCGCCUGUGGGACUUCUGCCGCGGCCUCUUCGGGCUCGGAGGUGGGCUCGCUGAAGAAGAAGAAGCGGUUGUCGCAGGCAGAGGAAGAUGUCAUCCGGCUCAUAGGUCAACAUCUCCACGGACUGGGGCUCAAUCAAACGGUGGACCUGCUGAUGCAGGAGUCAGGCUGCAGACUGGAGCACUCGUCUGCCAGCAAGUUCCGCAACCAUGUCAUGGAGGGCGAGUGGGACAAGGCUGAGAAUGAUCUCAAUGAACUGAGAGCCCUGAUGCAUUCGCCCAACGCCAUUGUGCGUAUGAAGUUCUUGCUGCUGCAACAGAAGUAUUUGGAGUACCUGGAAGACGGCAAAGUCCUGGAGGCUCUGCAGGUGCUCCGCGGGGAGCUGACGCCGCUCAAGUACAACACGGACCGCAUCCACGUGCUCAGCGGGUAUCUUAUGUGCAGCCAUGCUGAGGAUCUAAGGGCCAAGGCGGAGUGGGAGGGCAAAGGCACGGCCUCCCGCUGCCGAUUGCUGGACAAAUUACAAACGUACCUGCCGCCAUCCGUAAUGCUGCCCCCGCGGCGGCUGCAGAACCUCCUGCGGCAGGCGGUGGAGCUGCAGAGGGACCGCUGCCUCUAUCACAACACCAAGCUGGACAGCAGCCUGGACUCGGUGUCGCUGCUCAUCGAUCAUGUCUGCAGCAGGAAGCAGUUCCCAUGUUACACGCAACAGAUUCUGACCGAGCACUGUAACGAAGUGUGGUUCUGCAAGUUCUCAAACGACGGCACCAAGCUGGCCACAGGCUCCAAAGACACCACCGUCAUCAUUUGGCAGGUGGACCCGGAGAGCCACCAGCUGAAGCUGCUGCGGACUCUGGAGGGUCAUGCGUACGGGGUCUCGUACCUGGCCUGGAGCCCCGACGACACCUACCUGAUUGCCUGCGGACCCGACGACUGCUCUGAGCUGUGGCUCUGGAAUGUUCAGACGGGGGAGCUGCGCACCAAGAUGUCGCAGUCCCACGAGGACAGUCUGACCAGCGUGGCCUGGAACCCUGACGGCAAACGCUUUGUCACGGGAGGCCAGAGGGGCCAGUUCUAUCAAUGCGAUCUGGACGGCAACCUGCUGGAUUCGUGGGAAGGCGUGAGAGUGCAGUGCCUGUGGUGCCUGAGCGACGGCAGGACAGUGCUGGCCUCAGACACCCACCAACGUAUUCGGGGCUACAACUUUGAGGACCUCGCCGACAGAAACAUAGUCCAGGAGGACCAUCCUAUCAUGUCUUUUACUGUUUCCAAGAAUGGAAGAUUAGCUGUGUUAAAUGUAGCAACUCAGGGAGUGCACUUGUGGGACCUACAGGACCGAGUGCUGGUCAGGAAAUACCAAGGUGUCACCCAGGGCUUCUACACCAUCCACUCGUGCUUCGGGGGACACAAUGAAGACUUCAUUGCCAGCGGCAGCGAAGACCACAAAGUGUACAUUUGGCACCGGCGGGGCGAGCUUCCCAUCGCGGAGUUGAUGGGCCACACGCGUACCGUCAACUGCGUGAGCUGGAACCCGACCAUCCCGGGGCUCAUGGCGUCCGCCUCGGACGACGGGACGGUGCGCGUCUGGGGCCCUGCGCCCUUCCACGACUCGCAAGAAGCCGACGCGCUCAACGAGAACUGCAGUAACAUGGACAGUUGAUGGACACUUCUCUCCCGAGAACCCACCAGUACUCCUCCAUAAAAAAAAUUCCAUUCUCAACACCCACCCAAAACGUACCCCGAGGCAAAAACAAACAAAGAAACAAACAAAAACAAAAGGAGCGUGCAAGCCACCAAUACAAAAAAAAGAGAGAGACUGACACUGGGAUGCAGAAGCGUCUCGACAGACCUUGAUGAUGGACAAUUUGGUGUCCUCAUCUUAAAAAAAAAAAAAAAAC